AAGAAGUCUGCUCUCUAAGCCUUGUUUUGGGGUACACCAUCAGUACUUUUAUUCAUGCUAUGGACAUUGCAAGCAGGGCUGGUGUGUUCUAUAAGUUCGGAAGUCAUGAAGCUGCUAAUUAGGCAUUGCAGUUACACAGUACCUCGAACUGGAUGAACCCAUCCACCAGCCAUAUGGAGUGCUACAGUAAUUUAGUCUCUGCAGCAGUACUCAAGAUACAAACAUGCCAUCUGAUAAAGGAGAUUAUCUUCAGGUCCUGUGUCAAGUAGAGCUUGGACUGGAGAAUUUACCAUCUUCACCUGAGACCCUGCUGAGUAUAGUUUAUCUCUGCUCAUUCCAGAAGAUACAUCUGCACAGCUAACGAAAGGAUUAACAUAGAUUCAGGCUUUUUUUGAGAAAGACAAGAUCAAAUAUGGGUUUGCAGAUUGAGCUUUGCCUUUCCAAAAUGAAAUCCAUGAUCAAGGGAUUCCAAGAUUUUCACAUUCAAAGAAAAAGUGACUAGCAUAGAUGCUGAUGGACAUCUGUGGGAUUUAAUUCAUGACACUGACAGCAAUUCAAAUUAUUACUGUUGUUGUUAGUAAUGCAAUUAUUUUAUUAAUUAGUUUAAAAAUAAUUAGCAGAAUCUGUUUCAUAAUAUUUUCAACAAAUCUCAGCCUGGAUGCAGAUGGAUGAUCUCUGUUGAAGUGAGGUACAGAAAUAUCCGUUGAAGUAUUUAAUUUGAGUUACAAGGACACAUUCCAUGGCAUUGCCAUGUCAUGUGUUACCUUGGCUGUAACAUUAUGUUGCCUAAAUCCCUAUGAAAACCCUGUGCACUGUGUUGUGCAAGAGACCUGGUGAUUGCUUCCCAGCAGUGAUGAGAAUGAGUUAUGAGCCUCUCUGCCUCUUCCUAAAAUAACAGGGAAUUAAUUUCAUGUGGGCAAACACUUGACUCAUUCUUCUUGGAACUGAUAGCUUACCACAGGACUUGGAGGCUGCUCAGUGAACCAGUCCAUGGUUCACAGGAAGAAGAAGCCUCCAGAGGAGCUCAGACACUCAAAGAAUAACAUUCUUGGCCAAAAAUAACCCUGAACACAAAAAAAAAAAAAAAAAAAAAAAAAGUUGGUUUACUUGUAAAUCUGUUGCAGCAACAUGUACCUCGAUGUUGCUGAUACGUGAGAGAGAAGUGGUACAGCCAUCCUUGUGUGUUCACUUUUCUGUUUCCAAGUAAAGCUUCUUCCCAAGCAAACCAACGCCACAUAUGAUAUACAUGGCUCAUGGUCAUGAGUCACAUGAGUUACAUCAGCUGCUGGUGGUGAAGACCCUGGUGAAGUAUUUUGGACAGGAAAUACAGAGAGAGAAGAUACGUGUACUUUGGAAGAGAAUAUGACGAAAUGACUUGUUCAGAAGACUCCUUAAAGGCAGCCAUAAAGGAACCACUUUAUCUUAGAACAAAAGCAUGGUGACUUCUGAAUAUUACAUCACCAAAUGAGGAACCCACAAGCAAGACAUAAUUUUUACUUGGCGGCACCUGACUUGCUGGAUCCCAAAUCGGCCACUCAGAACUCCAAACCAAGAUUAUCAUUUUCCACCAAGCCUACUGUGCUCUCCUCACGGGAGGAAAGUGAUUCGGCCAUUAAUGUUAUGAAAUGGAAGACAGUCUCAACAAUUUUUCUGGUUGUAGUCGUGUAUUUAAUAAUUGGAGCAACAGUAUUUAAAGCCCUGGAGCAGCCUUAUGAGACCUCCCAGAGAACCACCAUUGUGAUUCAGAAGCAGACGUUUGUUUCUCAGCAUUCCUGUGUGAAUGCAACAGAGCUUGAUGAACUGAUUCAGCAAGUAGUGGCAGCAAUAAAUGCAGGAAUCAUACCUUUAGGAAAUACAUCUACUCAGAACAGUCACUGGGACUUGGGAAGUUCCUUCUUCUUUGCUGGCACUGUUAUUACCACCAUAGGCUUUGGAAACAUCUCCCCACGCACACAAGGUGGAAAGAUAUUCUGUAUCAUCUAUGCCUUAUUGGGAAUUCCUCUGUUUGGUUUUCUGUUGGCUGGUGUUGGAGAUCAACUAGGGACAAUCUUUGGAAAAGGAAUCGCCAAAGUAGAAGAUACCUUUGUUAAAUGGAAUGUGAGUCAGACAAAGAUUCGCAUAAUAUCAACAAUAAUAUUCAUACUGUUUGGCUGCGUGCUGUUUGUCGCUCUUCCUGCAGUUAUAUUCAAGCACAUAGAAGGCUGGAGCACACUAGAUGCAAUUUACUUUGUGGUUAUCACUUUAACUACCAUUGGAUUUGGUGACUACGUUGCAGGGGGAUCAGAUAUUGAGUACCAAGAUUUUUAUAAGCCGGUGGUGUGGUUCUGGAUCCUUGUUGGGCUUGCUUACUUUGCAGCUGUCCUCAGCAUGAUUGGAGACUGGCUAAGAGUCAUUUCUAAAAAGACAAAGGAAGAGGUAGGGGAAUUCAGAGCCCAUGCUGCGGAGUGGACAGCCAACGUCACCGCAGAGUUCAAAGAAACUCGAAGGCGCCUGAGCGUGGAGAUCUAUGACAAGUUCCAGCGGGCUACCUCUAUCAAAAGGAAGCUCUCUGCAGAACUCGCCGUCAACCACAAUCAAGACCUGACUCCCUGCAAGAGAACCCUGUCAGUCAACCAUCUGACCAGUGAGAAGGACAUCUUGCCAGCUCUAACAAAGACGGACAGCAUUUACAUGAAUGGUUUGACACCACACUGUGCCACAGAAGAGAUAGCUGUUAUUGAAAACAUUAAGUAGCCAUGACUUUGGAUCCCAGUCCUCGAGAAGCUCUUGGCUUAGACUGGCCACUUACCUUUUUUCCUCCACCUUGUCAAUGAUCAAUGCUAAUAGCAUUUUAUAUGUGUGCAUGAAUUCCACAGAAACUACAGUGCAGAGUUACCAUCACAUCUCUUCAAAGACACAAAGAUGAAUGGCACUUCUGUUAUCAAAAGAUGCUGGAACAAGCAACGUCUUCUGCCUUUAUCUGCCCAGACUGUUUUUCACUUCUCCCGUUGUGCCAUAUGGCCUCAAGAAUGAAUCACACUUGUUUCUGGUAACAAUGUAGCUUUGAGGGAUCAGUCCUUAAAAUUUCAGGGUCUACCUUACUGAGCCUAGGAAUGGACCAUUUCUGGACUACAACACAUUUGUAAAUGGCAAGAAAUUCUUAUGCAGCCUUUUACCUAAGAAAUUUUUGUCAGUGCCUUAUCUUUUGAAGAACCAGAACCUCUGCAGUUCCUGUAUGGUUUUUUGUUUGAUUUUUUUUUUUUCCACAUGGGAAGUGUAUUUCAUUUGAUCUUUUAUUCUUCUUGAAAUGAUGGUGUUUUAAAGGUGUCUGUCACGAAGAUACCAACCAGCAUGAAUGAAUGCCAAAACUCAACAAUUAUCAAAUGACGUUCUUAGCUCUAAAUUUAAAGGCACUGCAGUUUCUAAAGUUGCAAACACAUCCCCCAGAAGCAUUUUGUUUUACUCAGGUCCAGCUGACACUUGUUUCACACUGACUUGUAGAAUUUGCAGACCCUCUUUAGGUCUUAUUUUUUCAAGCAGUGUUCAGCAGUUGUUUUUUUUCUCUGCAUCAGAUGUACCAAAAAGUCUGCAUCUUAUCUAUCACUAAAUUAUUUGGUAGAUGACAAGAGCAAAUAAAUAUUACUAUUUCAAGGAGAGGCAGGAGAGGCUUUUAAUUGCUGUAUUCUAAUAACCAUAUCCACAAAACAAUGCAGAAAAAUACAGUGAUUUUUAAUAAGCAUAAACCUCCCGCCAGAUAUUUGCUCUAUGAAAAGGAUUUGUACCUUCCUCUUUAAGUCAAGUCACACCAGACACCAUACGAUAUUUUCCCCAGGAAUCCUGGAGUGCUUUCCUGAGUGUCACGCUGUACAGCGGCUGCCUGUGCCGGAGCUGUGACUAAUGUGGGAAUGCAAUUGAAACUGGUAUCACUGUGACUUUCUACGUUUCAAAUAGAGAUGACUCUGAAUAGAAAUACAGGCAUGAAGAGGAGCUGAUAAAUAGCACAAUCUGAAUACCGAUGAUUGUUCAGACAGGACAGGCUGAUGAGAAGCAGAUCUAAACCAGACUAUGGGUUUUCUUUAUUGGUUUUAAGAAAACACAUUAAUUUUGUACCUUCUGUUUUGCUUGUAGGUGUACAUGAGAUUCAGAAGAAAUGCAGGAUGGAAUGGAUAAUUUUGCUUUUUUUUCCCUUAUGUUAGUCUAUUGUAACUUGGCUGUACAUAAAAUGAAUAGAACAGGCCUUAAAGAAUAAUUUAGGCUCUGUGUAAAUUAAAAAAGAAUGGGACUUUGCUGAUUGGGCAUGAUUCAAGUGGCAAAUCUUACAGCAUCUCUGACCAUUAGACAACAUGCAAGAUAUGAAUGUUCAUGUUUUUUGGAUGCUUAGCUUGUUUUCUAAUAAAUAUAAGUUAAUAUGUAAAUUCAGUCAAUUCAGUGUAAAUAUCAAAGAAUUAACAUUUACAGAGAGUACGCUUUUAAAACUAAGGAAGUUCCAUGACACAGCACCGAGCAAUGCUCUUAUAACAAAGACCCUCAUCUCCCCAGCACAGUGUUCUGAAUGUCCACAUGGUGAGGGUUCUUGCCAUGUAUAAACUGUGAAUUGUAAUGAAAAAUAAAGUUUUUAAUUAAAAUAAGCUUUUCUGAAUCUCCUGCUUGCUACAACUGGAAUGCUGAAAAAAUAAUUUGUGAAACUGAUGUUUGUGCUUUCAUUGGCUACAGAGUAUAGCAGUUUUCCACCUGCUUUUUAAGCUGGUUUAGCAAUAAAGGCUUGACUCACCCAGCACAGAAA